GGGCCCCGCGGGCGCUCGGUUACUGAAGCGCCGGACCGCCUGGGGUGUGGGGCGGGGCCGCAACGUCUGUCUCCCGGACGGCGCCGGGGCGGGCACAGUUACCCGCCGCACCGACCAUGGCCGCAGCCGCUCUGGGGCAGAUCUGGGCGCGAAAACUUCUCCCUGUUCCCAGGUUUCUGUGUGGUUAUGGAAGAUGUGCCUCCUCCAGCUUCAAGGCUGCAGACCUGCAGCUGGAAAUCACGCAGGAGCCUCACAAGAAGCCCGAGCCUGGCGAGACCCUGAUAUUUGGGAAGACGUUCACUGAUCAUAUGCUGAUGGUGGAGUGGACCGGGGAGAAGGGCUGGGGCUUGCCCCGAAUCAAACCCUUCCAGAACCUCACGCUGCACCCAGCCUCCUCCAGCCUCCACUACUCCCUGCAGCUCUUCGAGGGCCUGAAGGCGUACAGGGGCCGCGACCAGCGCGUGCGCCUCUUCCGCCCGCGGCUCCACAUGGACCGGAUGCUGCGCUCGGCCCUGCGCCUGUGCCUGCCGUCCUUUGACAAGGUUGAGCUGCUCGAGUGUAUCCGCCGCCUCAUCCAAGUGGACCAGGACUGGGUGCCACAGGGUGCGGGCACCAGCCUCUACGUGCGGCCCGUGCUGCUCGGGAAUGAGCCCUCUCUGGGUGUCGGCCGGGCCUCUCAAGCGCUCCUGUUCGUCAUUCUCUGUCCAGUGGGUGCCUACUUCCCUGGUGGCUCCGUGAUGCCUGUGUCCCUCAUGGCAGACCCCACCUUCAUCCGGGCCUGGGUGGGGGGAGUCGGCGACUACAAGCUCGGGGGGAAUUACGGGCCCACGGUGCUCGUGCAGCAGGAGGCACAGAAGAAGGGCUGCGAGCAGGUCCUCUGGCUGUACGGUCCUGACCACCAGCUCACCGAGGUGGGCACCAUGAACAUCUUCAUCUUCUGGACCCACGAGGACGGGGUGCUGGAGCUGGUGACCCCCCCGCUGGACGGUGUCAUCCUGCCUGGAGUCAUCAGACAGAGUCUCCUGGACCUGGCUCAGUCCUGGGGUGAGUUCCGGGUGGUCGAGCAGAAGAUCACCAUGAAGGAGCUGCUGCGGGCGCUGGAGCAGGGACGGGUGCGCGAGGUGUUUGGCUCAGGCACGGCGUGCCAGGUGAGCCCGGUGCACCGCAUCCUGUACCAAGGCCAGCAAUUCCACAUCCCUACCAUGGAAAAUGGGCCUGAGCUUAUUCUCCGCUUCCAGAAGGAGCUGAAGGCCAUCCAGUACGGAUCAGGCGCCCACGAGUGGAUGCUGCCGGUGUGACGCUGAGGGCUGUGCCCGACCACCCCUCGGAUCCGCCGACCUGUAGUUCUCGCCGGCGCUCGCCUCCUCCCCACCGAUGACUCACCUGAAGUGCAAUAUGAAAUAAAAGGCCGGGACGCCGGGGCGCUGGGUCUCCGGCGCCGCCACGUGGUCGCUACACUCCCAAAGCCAUAAGGGCCGGAGCCCGACGUCCUGGCCCGUUGCUCCGCCUCUCGGGCCUCCGGGGAUUUGGUCCCCUCGCUGGUCUGUGUUGCGGGGUCAAGGAAGCACCUUGGCCCCAACUCCGACUCCACAUCUCUCCGCCCUCAGGCUGGAACGCCCGGUGCUGCCGUUGAUUUUAUUUUUCUUCUCGUUGCAAUUCUAAAAUAAAAUGCCAAAGAACAAGCGUUAGCUGCCAUCUGCAGUCACUCAGCAGUCCGAUCCCCCGGUGCCCUGGUGAUCUCUCCUCCCUGAGAGAGGCCUUUCCGCUUCUUCCCAAACUGAGCUUAGCAUCUCUCACCACCAACCUGCUCCUCCUUGCAUUUCGCCAUCUUGGGGACCGUUCCACCAUCCACGCAGUCCCUAAGCCAGACCUCUUAACACUGUCUCCCUCCCGUCAAAGCCCUUCAGUCCCCAAGCCGUUUCUCCUGGCCCUGACUCUCUGUUCUAUCUGUUCCCUCUGUCCCCUCAUCCCUGGCCUCCAGUCUGUCCCUGACAUGGCUUCUAAGUGGUCUUUCUAGAGCUACCCAGAUCUGCUCCUGCUUCUCCCCUGCUCCCAGCUCUCCCAUGGCUCCCCAGUGCCCUCAGCCAGGUACUGCAGAUGAUGGGCUGUGGUGGCUGGAGAGUGAGGUAAGAUAAUGGACUUUUGGAGAGAGGGAACAUCGAGAGACAUCAAUAAAAUGUAGUCCCCGUGGACCUCUGUUUGUGAGCCCAUGUCCUGAUCUUGGCCCUUUCCCACAUAUUCUAAUAAUUGCUCUAUGAAGGAAAAGACCCAGGCAUUAGGACCAGGAACAUUUGCUUGCAGAUCUGGAUUCCAAACCUUCCUCUAAUCUGCUUGGAAUGUGAUCUUGGGCAUGUCACUUUAUCUCCGUGAUCCAAUUUGCUGUGGCAGGUAGCAGCCCCGGUGGAAGGAGACCCUGUGGGAUCCUGGGCAGAGGCUGUGUGUGGCCUAUCCUGCAACGCCCUGGCUUUUGUCUUGAAACUAAAAUUCUGAUUUGUUGAGGCAGCAGCAGAUCUGUUGCCACACUCUCUCAUUCUCAAGGCAAGUUCAUGCGACUUGGGAGACACAAGGGGAAAUUUGCUGAUAGACUUCUGGGAAGCUUUAUUCCCCUGAUAAAAAAAUCCAGGAGGAUUACCUCUUCAUUUCUUCCCUCCCUGCUUGGGCUGUUCUUCUGUGGCAGUGUGAUGUUCGGAGCUGCUGCAGUCAUUUUGUGCUCAUGUUUGUCCCCACACUGAUUGUGGCACAGCGCAAAGAUGAGGUCUUCAACCUGGGUCUUUCAACCCUGAACCCUCUAAUUACUGUUUGUGUUAAAAAAAAAAAAAAAAGUCUAAACAAAAACUGAUUUAAGCCACUUUUGUUGUGUUAUUUGUUAAUUGUAGGUUAAU